AUGCGUUACGUACUGUUCAAGCUGACAUACCAGAGCGGCGACAUCAUCUUCGCGGACUGGAUCACGCUCUUCACGCUAUGUCUCGCGCCGCUCAUCGUCCACGUGCUCUCCGGCGCGCCGCGGCCGUCGUACCUGACGCGCGGCCGGCCGCCGUGGCAUGAGCGCUUCUGCCACUACAACCCGACGUCCAUCCUGUGGCGCUACGCCGCCAUCGCGGACCGGCGCAUUCGCGCCCGCUCGUGGGAUGCGUUGACGAUGGCAGCCAGCAACGCCCUGUUCUGGACUCCUCGCGGCUGGGACGGAUCGGAGGAAAUGGUCGCGGUGGCACGACCCCUCACGACGCGGCUCCCGGAGCACACGAGAGUAGAGAUUUUUUCCAAGGAAUCGCUGCUGACCGUCAUCAUCACGCUGCAAGGGACGUCAGCCGUGUACUCGAUCGCCGGCGGGCUGAGCGGAGCCACGUACUUCAACUCGUCGUUCGGCCUCGACGCCGUCUUCUUCCCGGUGGCUGUCUUCGGGCUCUUGCGGCUCUGUGCUGCCUUCUGGCUAACCGAGGACUACCAUUUCGGGUACACCGCCGUCAAGGACAGCUUCAGGCUCAACUCGUUCCCGAGCGUGCGCGAGGAGCCGGUGCGCGAGGAUCUGGACAAGGGGCCGUUCGCCGGUGUCGUGCGCAUGGACAGCCUUCUCCAAUCCGACGAACCGUACGACGUGGUGAACAGAACCCGGUUCCGCCCGACGUCCUACUGGCCGAGCAUAUUGUUCCGCGCUCUCUGGAUGGUGCCCGUGUGCGGGCUAUGGGUGCUCUCGUCCUUCUACGUGGUCCCAUUCGGCGGGAAGUACGACGCGCCCGUGACGUCGUGGCUCGUGGGCCUCAUGUUCCUGAUCCUGUUCACGGCGUCCGGCGCCAUCUAUGCGUACUACUUCGUCCGCGGCCGCACGACGACGACGCUCAUUCCCUGCAUCUCGGCGUUCUGGUACAAGAUAUACACGGUGCUUAUCUUCGGCCUGAUGGUAACGACGAUCGCCAUCGCCUGCGUCGAGACCAAGAAGACGCCGUGCGGGCGAUAUACGAGCCUCGGCGGUGUGCUGGGCGACAUCACCGCGUGUCGAGGGCAGGGGACGGUCCUGUUCCCCGUCGGCGAAGGGUCGAAGGGCCCGUUCGCGCUGGCUUCGAGCAACCCCAACAGCGCCGGCGACGCUCCUGUCUUGGAUAGGAAUACUUGGAUGUAUAACUUUACUGGGACAUGCAUCGGGCGCCCCUCUGACGAUUUGUGGGUCUUCUCGGACUAUUACUCGCUUUAUAACGGCAGUGGGUGGGUAGUGACGGCCGAAGAGGGUACUUCGUACGCCCAUUAUACUCACGAUACUCGCGAUAAGGUAGAGUAG